GAAACGGUGGUGCUCUGCACCACUGCCGAUUCGAGCGCCGGGACUUGCUGCCGCUCUACCGGUAGUCUUUCUAUGUUUCUUCGCGCUAACAUCAGUCGUCCUCGCGCACGGACAGCAUCAACAUCUUUUGCAGAGACCGCGGGAGAUUCAAAAACGACACGACAAUCCAUUCUACUCUCUGUUGGAAUGGACUAUAUGAGAAAAGAAAAAUCACACCGAUUAGGCGUGCAAAUAUAUUAGGAACGAAGUCGUGUAUGCACGUGUGUAUGUGUGUGUAUGUAUGUACGCGCGUUGGGCGUCGAACAAAGCGCAUAAUCGUGUUGCGCAAGCGAUCGAAACAAUAAGAGCAUCAUCCAUUGAAGGAUCGGCCUUCGGAGAACGUCGAAGAAGAGAGAAAAAAAAGAGAGACAGAUAGAGAACGUCCUCUUCACCGUGCGAUUCGGAUGUACGAUCGUGAAAGAGGUGGAGCUGUCGAAGCAACAGGAGGAGAAGGAGGAGGAGGAGGAGGACGGUGCCGAUGGAACGUUCGAAAAAGGACGAAGACGAGGAGGAGGCAUUCGUAACGUCUCGAGAAUGGUGAUCGGUCUCUCGAGGAUCCUCGUCCUCGUGCCCGUCACCGUUUGUGCUACCAUUUCCUUACCCUUAGAGGAUUAUUCGAGAUGCAACGAUCGCAGAUCGCCACCUCAGACCCUAGCGACAUGUCGUUACGAUUUGGAUUGCAUGGAAAAUGCUUACUGCUGGAAUCAGGAGGCUUGCUAUUGCAAAGACGGCUACGUCGUUUACAGAAAUCACAGCAACUUCCACUGCUUGAAAGUGGCCGACAACAUCGAGGAUCCGUGCGUGGCUAAUGUACAAUGUCAUUUGACCUUUACCCUCCACUCGGAGUGUCGUAAUCACGUUUGCCAAUGUUCUUCCACGGCACAUUUCGUAAACGGAAGGUGUUAUGAAUCCAUCGGGCUAGGUAGAAUAUGUCAAACGAACAAUAAUUGUUACGUCAAGGACAGUUACUGCGUGGAGGGUUACUGCGUUUGCGAUCAUCGUCAACAUUCGAAUCCCGAGAGAACAAAAUGCAUAAAGAACGCUUAUUUAGGUGACAAAUGCGACCACGAUUACGAGUGCGUGUCAAAGAGCACAAAGUGCAUGGAAGUCUGUAGAUGUAAAAUCGAUUAUGUACUUUCGGAGGAUGGUACAAGGUGUUUGAAGGCAGCCAACUCCGUUGGCGAAGAUUGCCAAGAGAACUUGCAGUGUCAGGAAUUCUUACAGAAUACCGUCUGUCAGAAUAAUAUUUGUACGUGUAUAGAGGAUUACCAUCGUCGUGGACCUGUAUGUGUCAGGGACGUUGGAUUGGGUCAACGUUGCGUCUCUCAUAACGAGUGCGUGACAAGAACGUACAAGCAUUCCAAUUCGAGCGAACUGAUGAACGUCGAUUGUUCUAAUGAUCGCUGUACUUGUGCCGAGAAUUACAUAAUGUCGCAAGAAUUGGACGAUUGUAUUCGAUACAGUGAAAGUGGUGCCACCAGUUGGCAAGCUUAUGGAAUCUUCUCACUGAUAAUAUUCGUAAACGUGUCUCUUUGGAUGUUGCGAAAGACUAUGUGAUAGAGCCACUGCGAAGCACCUUUUACCCUAUCCCAUAGAUAAUUAUUCUUAUCAUAUUUAUCUGUAUUUAUUUAAAUUUUGUUCGGUGGUGAGUCGUGUAAAUAAGUAAGGGACUUGCGGUAGGUAUAUAUAUAUAUAACCAAAGACAACGGACAGACAACAGUAUACGUAUACGUAUCAUCUCGACAAAGUUCGAGUAUUUAUUUUCAGUACUCGAGUAUGAGAAUUCUCUUAUUAUUAUUAAUCGUACCUAGGAGUAGGUAUCGGACGGGGAUCGACGGAAAUAAGAGCGAAGGAGAUAGAGAGAGAGAGAGAGAGAGAGAGAGAGAGAGAGAGAGAGAGAGAGAGAGAGAGAGAGGCUCUCCCUGUAUUGCGAGCGAUAAUAUUUAUUUAUUAAGAAACAAAAAUAAAAGAAAGUUAUUAUAAUGUAUUAUAUUAUAAUAACUUAUAAUAUUAAUAAAAUCAAGUUAAUUAAGUUGGGAAUUUCCAAUUUUCCUUUAUCAUAUCGAAAAAUGGCCAUUGGUCAUGAUCGGUAUUUACAGAUUUUUUAUCCUAUCGGUCAACGGACCAUCUCUUCGAUGAUGUAGUCAAGCAAUGAGAUCGUUAUCGUUAUAGUUGACGGUCUCUUUUAUGAAAAAGUUCAACGUUUGCAUGAUCCUAAUAAAUUAAAUCCCAUAAAAUAAGA